UAGCCUCUGCAGGACUGCAUGCAUGCCAAUAGAACCUGCUUCACAUUUCCAACAGGACAUGGCGACUAGUUUGUGUCACUCUCGACCAUCACGAAGCAGUGCACUACAGUGCAAAAUUGUUUGUUCUACAACCUUAUCUAUAAAAAGAUUAGGGAACAGGAAAUGUGGCAGCAUGCAAUACAAUGCACCUCUCAUGCUAAUGCUGGAAAUGACGUGAGAGAAAAGUGGGUCACAGCAGUUUCAGCAACCUGCUCGAAAGCAAAUGUGUUGAACAAUUUUAUUCAGCGUGCAUUGUGUACUGCUCCACUCAAAGUACUUUCAAUGUAUUUCAUAGAAUGUAAUAACUGUUACACAUUUUCUUAGGAGGAGGACCUGCCACUGCAGGCAUGACACCUAUAUCAGCAUUGGUUGGGGCUGUGGCUGGUCACAUGGCCACCAGAAUGACAAAUGAAAAUGACUCAGACGGAGCAACCUAUCUCCCCCCAGUAGACAGCCAGCCUGUUGUUCAGCUCCUGCAGCCGAUGAUAACAGGAGAAGUGGAAUCGGUGUAUGACUAUUACAGUAUGUUACUAUUUCAUGAAACACAACAUAUGAAACUGGAAGAGGAGCACAGGAGCCCUGGCCACCUCCAGAACGACGAGUCAAUGGACAGUUAUGGCGGGCUUCUGGACAAUGAGUCCAACAAAGAAAAUGCGCUUGACAGGCCCGCCAGAGAGACAAGCUUGAGGCCACCCAGAGGCAGGAUGGCACUCCUUGAAAGAGCACCGUCUUCUGAAAAUGACGUUAGGAUUGCUUUGCUCUGGGAGGAGCAUAAGACACGAAUGCGCCUCAUGGAGGAGGAGCACAACAACCUUCAGAAAAAUGAAGAGCACAAAAUGAAAAUUUUGCGAGUUCAGAAGCAAGUUGAGCUUGCCAAAUUGAGUGCAAUGAACGAAAGAAUGUAAACUUGAACAGAGUUGCUGAAAAUAUGAUUAAAGCUUUUAUUGUGAAAUAGGUCACAGAAUAUGAGAUGAUAUAGUGCAGUUUUCUCACGUAGAUUUGUGAAAAUGCCAAAAAAAGGCUAUAGAAGGUGUGGUAAAGCCUUAUGUAUUUUCAUUUCCUCCAUUCCCUCCUCCUGAAAGAGUAGGCAGGCGUUGGGCCCCAAUCGGUGGCAGUUAGCUUGCUCCCUAUUUCCUUCGUGUCCUUGUGUUAUAUGUGUACAAACCAAAUAACUAACAAUAAUAAUAAUAAUAAUAAUAAUAAUAAUAAUAAUAAUAAUAAUAAUAUGGCACCUGGAAUAAGAAAUCGCAGCAUGCACUUGGCUGCAUGCCACCCUGAGGCUGCAUGUCUGGGCAGUAGAGUUUUUACCACAUAUGGUCUUUUUCCAUUUCAUCACUUGUAUCUAUAGCGGCAUACAAAUGCGGCACAACAUAUCCACUGAACCCAUGACCCAACUAUUUAGUAGGGGAGUGAAUAUUCAGAACUUUAUUUAAUAUUUCAAAACGUCAACUAAAACAAAAUUGGAGCAAAAGCAUGGCAAGUUUUCACUGCCUCGAGCAUAGUAUAGACAUAAAACAUGAAAACUCGCGUAGUGCAACAGGCUACGUCGCUCAGGUAUGCGACCAUUCUCACUCUCUAAAGAGCUCUGUGCAUGCAAAAAAACUACUUGUCUGCUCUUUAUGCUUCAUUUGUGCUUUUAAUAAACAGCGCUUCAUAACGUGCUAUGUAAUGACAGAAAGUUUCCUAAUUAUACUAGGAUGUGAACAUUGUCUUAUAUUGUGUUAAUGCCUGUUCAUUAUUGGAAAACUAUUUGAUUUGGGACAAUUCGUAUUCAAUUCAAUAUCAAAAAUCACUAUACGCACACCCCUACUAUACAGAAACACUGAGGUGGAUUUGAAACAACAAUGCUUACGAGAAACUUCUCUGGAUUAGAAGUUGCCGUGCAAGCAUGCCAGGUAUAUUGUCCCCCACACCAUUAACAGAUGGCAGGUGCUCUUGGCAGGUAUUUCUUCCGGCACUUCGGCAUCUGCUGGUGGUACAUGGAGACCAAAUGGCUCGGGUUCUCGUCGCAGGAGGGCCACAUUGUGCAGGGCAGCACAAGCUGUUAUUACGCGAGCUGCAUUUUGAGGCUUGUGUUGUGUUCGCAACAGCCUCGACCGGAGCACAGCAGCCAGUGCCGACUGCCAG